AUGCGUGAGAUUCUUCACAUCCAAGGUGGCCAGUGUGGUAACCAAAUCGGUGCCAAAUUCUGGGAAGUUGUGUGCGCUGAGCAUGGAAUUGAUCCAACUGGAAGAUACGGCGGUGACUCCGAACUUCAACUAGAGAGAAUCAAUGUUUACUACAACGAAGCUAGUUGCGGCCGGUUUGUUCCUAGAGCGGUUCUCAUGGAUCUUGAACCGGGUACCAUGGACAGUGUCCGGUCUGGACCGUAUGGUCAGAUCUUUAGACCGGAUAACUUUGUGUUUGGUCAGAGUGGUGCUGGGAAUAACUGGGCUAAAGGUCAUUAUACUGAAGGCGCUGAGCUUAUUGAUUCUGUUCUUGAUGUUGUUCGUAAAGAAGCUGAGAACUGUGAUUGCUUGCAAGGUUUUCAAGUGUGUCAUUCACUUGGUGGAGGAACUGGAUCUGGAAUGGGUACCCUUUUGAUUUCAAAGAUAAGGGAAGAAUACCCUGAUAGGAUGAUGCUUACUUUCUCAGUUUUUCCUUCUCCUAAGGUUUCUGACACGGUGGUGGAACCCUACAACGCUACUCUCUCGGUACACCAGCUUGUUGAAAAUGCUGAUGAAUGUAUGGUUCUUGAUAAUGAAGCUUUGUAUGAUAUUUGCUUCCGUACCCUUAAGCUCACAACCCCAAGCUUUGGUGAUCUUAACCAUUUGAUAUCAGCUACCAUGUCUGGUGUCACAUGUUGUUUGAGGUUCCCUGGUCAGCUUAACUCUGAUCUCCGAAAGCUAGCUGUGAAUCUGAUUCCAUUCCCUCGUCUCCACUUUUUCAUGUUGGGAUUUGCACCUUUGACUUCAAGAGGCUCUCAGCAGUACAGGGCUUUGAGUGUACCCGAACUCACACAGCAAAUGUGGGAUGCCAAGAACAUGAUGUGUGCGGCCGACCCCAGACACGGACGAUACCUAACUGCAUCAGCCAUCUUCAGAGGCAAAAUGAGCACUAAAGAAGUUGAUGAACAAAUGAUCAAUGUUCAAAACAAGAACUCAUCCUACUUUGUGGAAUGGAUUCCAAACAAUGUGAAGUCCACAGUUUGUGACAUUCCCCCAACUGGUUUGAAGAUGGCUUCAACAUUCAUUGGAAACUCUACAUCCAUUCAGGAAAUGUUCCGUAGGGUGAGUGAACAAUUCACUGCUAUGUUUAGGAGAAAGGCUUUCUUGCAUUGGUACACCGGUGAAGGUAUGGACGAAAUGGAAUUCACAGAGGCUGAAAGUAACAUGAACGAUCUUGUGUCAGAAUAUCAACAGUAUCAAGAUGCUACUGCUGAGGAUGAUGAGUAUGGAGAGGAAGAAGACUAUCCUCCGGAACAUGAUGAGGAUGACAUAUGA